CAAAACACAAGAAGCAAAGGUUUCUCUCUCGAACAUCUCUUUACUUGAACGAAUUAAUCCUCUUCGCAUUAAUUUCUUUUAAGAAAGUGUACACUUGCAGUUAGAUAUUAAAGAGCUGAAAUUAAAAGCGUGUUGCUGUGACGAUUUAAAACUCCUUUCUGCUUUAAACCCGGAGGAAAUGCAUCUCGUAUAGAAAUAGAACAUUCUUCAUGUGGAAGAAUUUCCAGAUUCUUCAUCAAGGAAGUUAAAUAGAAUGAAUUCAGCAGGAGACAAACAGCAAUCUUCCAGGAAGCCUUCAGCUCCUGAUUCUGCUUGCUCACAGCUGUGUGAGGAGAUAAAAACGGAGGCUUCAGAUGGAGGGAGAGGAGGCAGUGUGAAGAAGGAGGAGACGCUGGAGCUAAGCAUCAGUAACCAUGGAGAUGGCCCCACCAACACCCCUGAAGUCAUCUCCAUUAAAUGGGAAGAAGUUGAUGAUCAAGACUUUCUCUAUUGUGAAGUUUGUCGAUCCUCCUUCUUUAACAAGUGUGAGGUCCAUGGUCCGGCUCUCUUCAUCCCUGAUGCCCCUGUUUCCAUGGGGGUAGUUGACCGAGCAAGACGAACUCUUCCUCCUGGACUAGAGAUUCAGAAGUCCAGUAUUCCUGAUGCAGGCCUGGGAGUGUUUAAUAAGGGGGACACUGUUCCAGUUGGUGCACAUUUUGGACCCUACCAGGGAGAGCUAGUAAACAGAGAGGAAGCCAUGAACAGUGGCUACUCUUGGCCGAUAUACAUGAGCAGGCAGUGUGAAGAAUACAUUGAUGCCAAGAGAGAGAUGCAUGCUAACUGGAUGAGGUAUGUGAAUUGUGCUCGUAGUGAUGGAGAGCAAAAUCUUAUGGCAUUUCAGUAUCGAGGGGGAAUUCUGUACCGUUGCUGUCAACCCAUUAAUCCAGGACAGGAACUCUUGGUGUGGUAUGAAGAGAAAUAUGCCAAAGAUCUAGGUCCUACAUUUGAGUACCUCUGGAAUAAAAAGUGCUCUGCAAAUGAACUAACUGACACUUUGAUGCAAAGCUUCUCCUGCUCCUUGUGCCAGCUUUCCUAUACAUCUCAAAUUUACCUCUACAAACACCUCAAGAGAUGCCACUAUGAGGAGUAUGUGAGACUGCAGAAAUCAGGAGAGAUUAAAUAUGAGGUUCUGAUGCCCACAAAAGACUUCGGUAAUCCGCAAAUGUCAUCUGAUGCUGUCAGUUCUAACACUUCCCACAGAGAAAUGCAGAAGGAAAUUCACCACUGCUCAGACUGCGGAAAGAGAUUUACACAUCAGGGUAAUCUUCAACGACACCAGAUCAUUCACACAAGAGAGAAGCCGUAUCACUGCACACAAUGUGGAAAGAGUUUCUAUCGAAAGGAUCAUUUUCAACAACACCAACACAUUCAUGCAGGAGAGAAGCUCCAUCACUGCUCACAGUGUGGAAAGAGUUUUCAUCAUCAGAGUAAUCUCCAACAACACCAGCGCAUUCACACAGGAGAGAAGCCGUAUCACUGCUCACAGUGUGGAAAGAGUUUUAAUGAUCAGCGGUCUGUUCAACGACACCAGCGCAUUCACACAGGAGAGAAGCCAUAUCAGUGUUCACAGUGUGGAAAGAGGUUUAGUCAUCAGGGUAAUCUUCAACGACACCAACGCAUUCACACAGGUGAGAAGCCGUAUCACUGUUCACAGUGUGGAAAGUGUUUCUCUCAGCAGAGUCAUUUCCAUCAACACCAGCGCAUUCACACAGGAGAGAAGCCGUAUCACUGCACACAGUGUGGAAAGAGUUUUACUCAUCAAGAUAAUCUUCAAUCACACCAGCGCAGUCACAAAGGAGAGAAGCUAUAUCAGUGCUUACAGUGUGGAAAGCGUUUUACUGACCCUAGAAAUCUUAAACGACACCAGCGUAUCCACACAGGUGAGAAACCACAUCACUGCUCACAGUGUGGGAAGAGUUUUAUUCAAAAGGUUGAACUUAAAGUACACCAGCGCAUUCACACAGGAGAGAAGCCAUAUCACUGCUCACAGUGUGGAAAGAGUUUCUCUCACCAGUUUUAUCUCAAACAACACCACCACAUUCACACAGGAGAGAAGCCGUAUCAGUGCUCACAGUGUGGAAAGAGUUUUAUUCAAAAGAGUGCUCUUCAACAACACCAGCGCAUUCACACAGGAGAGAAACUGUAUUACUGUUCACAGUGUGAAAAGAGUUUUACUGAUCCGAGAAAUCUUAAACGACACCAACGUAUCCACACAGGAGAGAAGCCGCAUCACUGCUCACAGUGUGGGAAAAGUUUUAUUCAAAAGAUUGAACUUCAAUUACACCAGCGCAUUCACACAGGGGAGAAACCGUAUCACUGCUCACAGUGUGGAAGGAGUUUUAAGCGAAAGGACCAUCUCCUACACCACCAGAGCAUUCACACAGGAGAGAAGCCGUAUCUGUGCUCACAGUGUGGAAAGAGUUUUAUUCAAAAGGGUGCACUUCAACAACAUGAGCGCAUUCACACAGGAGAGAAGCUGCAUCACUGCUCACAGUGAAAAAAAAAAGUGUUUUACUAAUCUGGGGUGGGUUUCCCAAAAGCAUCAUAGCACAAAGAUUAUCGUUAAAUGGUAGAGCAAGUAUCACAAUGAACACACUCUCUCCUAGUUAAGAUGCUCUUAGCGUUAAGAGGCUUUUGGGAAACCCACCCCUGAGUAGUUUCCAAAGACAUCAGCGCGUUCACACAGGAAAGAUAUUUUAAGCCAGUUUAAAGUAUCACUGCUCACAGGGACUAGGCUUGUGUGAUGUAACAGUUUAAUCUACACAGUCUACACAAUAUUACAGUGACACUAUAUCUAGUGGUGUUUGUUCUAAUUAUAUUACCAGAUCAACCAGCCUUUAUGCUUAAGAGUUCUGCAAUUUAGCAAAAAAAAAAAAAAAUUCAAAAACUGCACUUAAGGAUGAAAUAGUUGACCUCAAAAAGUUUAUAUGGGCCUACAAUGACAUGUCAGAUCUGACACUUCACAAUGUUAAUGAAGAUAAUCACCCCUGCCUCUCUCACUUACACCAUCACUUCUCACAAUGGGCCUCAUUUAUUAAGCUGGAUAUGAAUGGAUUCAUUCAAAAUUUGUUUACAGGAGCAUUCACAUGAAAAACUUGCAUGUUGUGCAAAAUGUUUGUAUCCUACGCUUGCUCCUGAGUAUGUGUAAAUAUGUGCAUAAAAGAUGAGCUAAAGUUCAUUUGUUACACUUCAAAUAAUAUAAUUUGCAGUGAGUUACUGUGAUUUUGUAAAUAGUUUAUACUGUCACAACUUUCCGCUUAUAAAAGUUUCAGUUGUAUAUUUAUAUAUACCAAAUUAAUGAACAUUUUGUGAAGUUUAGUCAUUUCAUACUAAUGGCCUUACCUUAAGAAAUAAACAAAAUCAAGUAACCAAGCCAAUAUACAGUGCUGUGCAAAAGUCUUAGGCAUGUGUUAAGAAAUGAUGUAAAACAAAGACAGCUUCAAAAUAUUACAACCCCAAAUCAGAAAAAGUUGGGACAGUAUGGAAAAUGCAAAUUAAAAAAAGAAAAGUGGUGAUUUCUAAAUUUACUUUGACUUGUAUUUCAUUGUAGACAGUAUGAACCCAAGAUAUUCCAUGUUUUAUCUGGUCAACUUUAUUUCAUAUGUUAAUAUACAUUCAUUCCUGCAUUUCAGGCUUGCAACGUGUUCCAGAAAAAAUUGGGAUGGGGGAAAUUUAGAGCUAGUAAUUGGGUAAAACAAUUAAAUAAUGAAGUGAUGUGAAACAGGGGAUGUCACCAGGUCAUUACAGUCAUGAUUUGGUACAAAAGCAGUAUCCAGGAAAGGUCUAUUCUUUGUGGAGCAAAGGUAGACUGAGGAUCUCCAGUCUAUCAACAAAUGUAUAAGAAAAUUGUUGAAAUGUUUAAAACCAAUGUUCUUCAAAGAAAUAUAUGAAGGGAUUUGGAUAUUUUACCCUCUAUGGUGCAUAAUAUCAUCAAAUAAUUCAAAGAAUCUAGAGGAAUUUUGGUGCAUAAAUAGCAAAGGCACAAGCCUAAGCUGAACACCUGUGAUCUCCAAUCCCUCAGAUGGCACUGCAUCAAGAACCAUUGUUCAUCUACAGCUGAUAUAACCACGUGCUCAGGAGAACUUUGGCAAACCUUUUGUCAAGCACUACAAUAUGGAGUUACAUCCAUAAAUGUCAGUUAAAACUUUGCUGUGCAAAAAGGAAGCCUUGUGUUAACAGAAGUGCCACCAUAAAGUUGCACACCAAGAAGACGCACGCCAUAAAACCUAUGUGCAGGAUGAAUGGGACAGAAUAACACCUGAAAUGCUUCAUCACUUGGUGUCUUCAUUCUCUAAACAUGUUUUAAGUGUUUUGAGAAAGAACAGCAACAUUAUAAAGUGGUAAAUGCUUUACUGUCCCAACUUUUUUUUCUGAAAUGUGUUGGAGGAAUCAAAAUUGAUGUUUUGUUUUUUCAAAAUAUCAAAUUAAUGAGGUGAAACAAAAUAAUGUGCUGAUGUAUUGUUUUAAAUGCAGUACAGGUCAAAUACGAUUUGCAAAUCAUUGUUUUCAAUUUUUAUUUCAAAUUCAGUAUAUUGUCCCAACUUUUUCUGAUUUGGGAUUGUAAAUAAAUCAAAUGUUUCUACAUCUUAAAAAAAACUAUAAAGAACAGUGAACAGUAGAAAACUAUAGAAAGUCAAUAUUUGGUGUAAAAAUCCUUUGUUUAAAACAUAAUUAUUAGUCUCUUGGCUGGUAUGUUUUGACUGUGCAUCUCGGGAAAUUUGCAACAUUUGAGUGUUACACUUGUUACUGUUUUUGCAGGUAAAACCUGACAGCCUUCAUUAUGUGUUUUGAAAAGUGGCUGAGUAGUCUGAUGUGUAAUAUAUUACUUUCUUUACUAACAUACAGCUUUCUGUA